AUGUCCGCAAAUCGGCCGGAAUACCAGACGUCCACGGCGGAUGUUGAAGGAUACACCCGUACCAAGCACCUUUACAUCCCCAUGCGCGAUGGCAUCGAGCUCUGCGCUAAUUUAUUCCUACCUUUCUCUGCAUCCAAGGAGGGGAAGAAGGUACCAGUAAUCUGCAGCUUGGGACCCUAUGGGAAGGAUAUUCAUGCCGCUACUUUUGGACUGCCGCGUACGCCAAUCUACGCUGAGAUGUAUAAGAGCAUCAAGCCAUUGGGUCCUGAUGCUGCAUUCGAGCUAUGCGAUCCCGCCAUUUGGUGUCGAGAGUUCGGCUAUGCGCUUCUUCGCGUUGACGCGCGCGGCAUCGGGGGUAGCCAAGGAAGGCUGGACCCAUUUGGUCUCGAGCGGUCUGUUGCUAUGCAGGCAGAUGCGGAAGGGCAAGAUCUCUACGACGUGACUGAAUGGGCUGCUAUUCAGCCGUGGUGCACGGGCAAAGUCGCCUUCAGCGGCAUCAGUUACUAUGGCAUGGUUGGAUACUGGGCAGCCAUGCAAAAGCCCCCGCAUCUGACAUGUGUCAUGUCUUAUGAGUCGGCGUGUAACGUGUAUCACGCUACCAGAAAAGGGGGCAUUUACAGCGAUAAUUUCCAAUCGCACUGGUUUAACAACGUUGUUCUCCCCUAUCAGGCUGGGAAGCAGGAUGAAUCUUUGAGCGACCGGGAGCUGGCAGCCGGCCGGGUUGAUUUCCCGAAGCUGCUCGCCACGACCGAGUACCCGAACGAAGGAGUCUGGGGUGUCCUUGGCCGAGUCCGCAAGCUUUCUGACAUUGAAGUGCCUUUCUACUCGGCUGGGAACUGGACAGACCCUGAGAUCCACUUACCGGGGAAUAUUCGGGCCUUUAACGGUAUCUCGUCCAAGUAUAAGUGGUUGGAAAUGCAUACCGGCAACCAUCUCGCUGCGUUCUACGAGCCGGCGCACAUUGAACUGCAGAGGAAGUUCCUCGACCACUUCCUCUUUGAUAAGGAGGAUAACGGAAUGCUUACUGACGCCGAAGACGUCGCCUUCUACCUCACCCCGGACAAAAAGCUCUCUCUAACUAGCCCCGCUCAUGCAGAGCGCAUCGCAUUCAAAACCCAGGGCUAUAAUUCCACGUCUAGAAACCUCCAUUUCGUACUCGACUCCACCUUCAUCCAAUCCUUCGAGAUCCUCGGUUCCCCCUAUCUCGAGCUGGAAGUCAGCACAGAGGCCGAUGAUCUAGAUCUAUUCGUCUAUCUUCGCGCCGUGGACUCAAACAGCGAAACCAUCAUCCUCUCUGGCAACCAUGGCGAACCUAUGGACAACUUUGCGCGGGGUUACUUCCGUCUCUCGCACCGUGAAGAAGUUGCGCUGAACUUCGUAAAGGAGAAAGUCAUCUGUCAGGCCAAUGUUCCCAGAUCUAAGGUUGUCCGAGGGGACGUCUACAAGAUCCUCCUGCCCUUGUACCCGGCUGCAUUCCUCUUCGAUAGAGGACAGUCACUGAGCCUCGAAAUCGGGCCUGUGAAUACUCCAAGUACCAUACCUCCGAUGCGACAUGAGGGCGGCGAUCGCACUACUGAUAGAUUUGGAGGCGAGAAUGUUCUUUACUCUCAUGGCAGACUGGUUCUUCCGAGAGUGAGACGGUGA